CUCUCUUUAUCUUUCUCUUCUCUCUCUCUCUCUUUCUUUCUGCCACCAACGAGGUGCACAUGUGUGCUGUGUGGGGGAAGUAAACGAAGAAUCGAAAAGCGUCGUUAUCAACGGCCGCAAGAUCAAUACUUACCAGCGGGGCGCUGCCUCUGAUCUCGCAACACGCCGACUCAGUCUGCCGCUACUCACAGCGUCCGCCGCCGGAGUCAGACGAACACGACCAACCAGAUCGGUCGGCGGAGGAAGUCUCUCUGUACGAAGUGACUGGGAUUUAAAAUGUUCUUACCAUGAGUUUUGAGUUUCCUUGACAGCAGUUCUCACACGACUUGUGACUUGGAGGAUUUCUGUUGUGCCUGGCUUUUUGAUUUUUGUUUAGUUUUUUGUCUACACGAGGAUUGGAGUCGUCAUCUUGAAGAAGAUUUGUGUAGAAGUUGGUCCAGGUAGAGAGAGAGCAUGCACGUGUACUGACCAGCCUUGCUGAUGCUGACCACUCCGUUUCCGUACAUCUUUGACCUGCUGAUGGCAGAGUUGAAACUCGACCCCAUCCUGCAGGCGUUCUGGGAGCGAUUCCCGUGUCCCCCGCCAUGGAACACGGGUCUCCUGGAGAAGGUCAACUGGACCAGCUGCAUGGGACCCGGCAUUGGUCGCCAGGUGAAGACACUGAUGGUGGACAAAUGUAAAUAUGACAUUCAGUUCGAGGAUCGUGCGCCGAUAGACACCAGCGAGAGGAUGACCCACGAGACGUGUACCACUCCCUGCCAGGUGAUGAUAGCUUUGGCCGGACUCCUGGUGCUCAUUGCUGUCCUCACAGCUGUGGUCUUCUUCAAAUUCAGAAGGAAGUCGAGUAAACCAGAUAGUUGUGCCAGUCCUAGCCACCAGACGGCACUAAACCCACAUGGAUCAAGUAAAUACUACACCAGUUGUCACUACGCUGCUUCGCCUGUGAUUGGAAGACACGUGGAGACUACUUUACGUGGAAACAAAAUGGAAACGAGAGUUCUGAAUGGCAGCUCGAAAUACAUGGACCAUCUUUACACUCCCAGCCUUCAACAACCAGCUCCACUGUGCUACUCACAGGUUCCGAAACAGGAGUUGUGCCUUCCCGUGAGCAACAGCUUCAACUCUAACUACAGACGUCUGCCCGAGGCCGAGUACUCGUCGUCGAGCGCCAGUCAGGCCAACAGCGAUAAGUCGCCCAUAUACGAGUACAUCGAAGAUUCGGGAUCCAUCGCCAGGGACCGGAAGUCGCGUCAGUCACGGGACCUGAUGGGAUUUUGUGACUGUGAGGAAACUGGGUAUGGUAGUUCUGACACGUACUGCAGUGAACGCGCCACGCAGACGCUUCCGGUGAGGCAUUUUCACAGACAGAGGUACAGUAGUGACAGAGACAGAGAUAGAGACAGGGACCCUUAUUGCUAUGGAGGCAGCAGACACAGUCCCGCCGCCACGGACAGGAGUGGCAGUCCGUGCUGUGUGCCUCGGCCAGAGAAUUUUGAUAUCGAUGAUUCGAGCAUGUCUCGAGUUUCGAACCCAAGACGAACGAGUAGGACGCGCAAACGGCCCGGUUCGGGGUCGGAAUCCGGGUCCAUGUACGAGGAAGGACGAUACACGUUUAGGGGUGAAAGUCAGCCGAGACCAAUUCCAGCCUUACAUCCUCAUUAUUUCUGUCCACCCGAGCUGUCAUACAGAUAGCCGGGUGUGGACUGUUUGUUGUCACCAAUGUCUUUCACGCAGUGUUUUGUGUCAGUGUGCUAAUAUAAAGCUAAUCACAGUGAUGUAUAUGGAUAGUGUGUAUGUAUUCAUAUUAAGGCGCAUUAUCACAGUAUAACCUGAAGGAACGAUUUUUAGCAUACAGUCAUAUGCACAUGUUUAUGGGCGUGGGUGUAGAGAGAGACAGACAAAUAGAGAGAGCAACAGAGAGCGAGAGAGAGAGAGAGAGAGAGAGAGGGAGAGAGAGAGAGAGAGGGAGAGAGGGGGAGGGAGAGAGAGAGAGAGAGAGACGGGGGGGGGGUAGACAGAGGGGAAUGCCGUAAGUUUUUGUCGUUCCAAUUUUAGUAUAUUCUGUUUAUAUCUCGAAUUGUAGAUACGGUAAUGUGUUAUUGUCGACGGAGAUUUCACUGCCAUAAGAGCACUGCCAGUCUCAGACUAAUUUGCACGUAUAAAAAUCGUUUCCAGUAAAUGUUCUCAAUAAGUUUAGUUAAUGGCGUUAAUGCAGUUAGAACAUAUUCUGUUUCGUACACACCAAGAAAACCAUAGCAGUAUGCUAUUAAUUGUUACAAAUCGUACCGUUAAAUUGCAACUUUAUGUAAGUAUAAGUCAAUCGACAAUCAUCGUGUGUGUGCGUGCGUGAGUUCGUGCGUGCGUGUGUGUGUGCGUGUGUGUGUGUGCGCGCGCGCGUGUGUGUGUGUGUGUGUGUGCUUAAUUGAUCAUUCAGUGGUAAUAUGUUAUGACAAAUGAAAUUUUAAAUUUUUUAUCAACUCGAUGUGCAUCUUUUGUAUAUCAUACGGUAUCAUAUCAGUUUCAUUCCAGAUUACUAAAAAAAAGUAAUCUAAUUUACAAUAUAUUAUUUUUCUUAAUAAUUAUUCAUUGUAACCUAUCGAUUUCAUGGGAUACUAGACACUUAACAGAUAUUGAAGAAAUUGUUUGUUUUGUUGAUUUUAAAUCCAUUAUUGGGUAUAUGGGAUCACUGUUUCAAAACUGAUCAAAUAACUGGUUUUGUUAAAAAAUAUUUAUAAGAAACGUAUGUGAAGUAACAUUAAUAGCUUCGUAUUCAGGCGUGUACUUUCUGCAAAACUGUAUCUCUUAUAACAGCAAUGAAAGAGAUGUGGUACUCUACUGAUAGGUUGUUAACAUUUAGUCUGCAAAUGUGUACUAUUGUAAAACGUUGUUAUGCUGACUUUGAAAGAGUUUACCCGAUACUUUUGAGAUGUCGAAAGUCCGAAAUACUUGGUUAGCCAUAACAAUUUAAUAAGAUUCUGUUUCCAAAAAUGAAGUUAUAAAUAUAUUCUGGGAUUUUGAGGUGUAGUAGCAAUAUUGGAGUUGUCGGGUAUUGAAUUUAUAUUCCAUAUUUAACUUUAUCAUUAUUUUGAAUGGCCAAUUGAAAAUAAUAAUGUUUUAAAAAUAAAAUAUUAAAUAUUCGUACGAAUGUAUUUUCAGGUUCCGUGCUGCUAAAAUGUUUAGAGUCUAGACUCAAGACUAAAAUAGAAUAUGUGACUUCAAUGUCAUGGCAACGCCAUAAACAUUAUUAGUAUGCGUGUGACGUCAUUACAUAUUUGAGUCUAGACUCCAAAGCUUUAUAGGCACGGGCGCAGAUCACCGAUUUGUGUGUGUGUGUGUGUGUGUGUACAGAAAUAUGCCAUAUCAUGUUUAUCUGAAUAUUUGUCAUGACACCGCAAUCAAUUUUAUUAAUAUUAUUUGUUAUAGUUAAUGCAUGUUAAGUUUUAUGUGGAGCGUCUGUAACAAAGCCGUGGUGAAGUGCACAUAUUGUGGUAAAUUGAUGAAAUGUUUUUCAGUUUUAUCAAGCCUCUCUUAAUGAAAAUAAAUAUACUCAAACUUA